AUGGCCAACGCCAGCCUCCCCACGAUAGGGAAGUCCAGCGGGACUAAGACCCGAAGGGUGACACCGCCGUCGCCGACCUACAUGUCCAACGAUCAAUUUGACGUUGCUCUCGCAGCGAACUAUCUCUCCGAACUGCGUUCCAACCGCACGGCACGACCUGGUGGAGCGAGGCCUCUGCCGCCAUCGGGUGGCCGAUCGACACCCUCACGCACGAGCCUCGGACGACACAGCAUGGACCCUCCGCCUCUAUCCCAGCCUGCAAGUAAGACAAACCAGACGAGUCCGCAGCGCAUGCCAUCACAGGCCCCAAGCAUUGGUACGGGCACAGUCACCUCUCGAUACUCCAUAUCAAGCACCCGUGGGCGAGACUACUAUCCAACCAGCCCAGCUGUACCCGUGAAACCAUCAGAAGUGGUCCCAACCGCGACUUACAUGGAGCGAGGCCAAAGAUGGAUGGAAAAGGAAGAGGCCUUCUCAUUGCGUGAUGCUAUGGAAGCCAUGGACAUUCGCGAUGGCUCCAAAGCUGCUGUUGAUGACGAUAGCCGUAUCUAUAAUGCUGCUCUGAACGAAGCUGCAGAGUUGGUCUGGCAGCACCAGCAUGGAUACCGAGAACCUGAGCCAGACGGGCCAUAUCGCUACAAAUCUCAUCUUAGAAAGAACAGUUAUGCCCAUGCCCGUACUGCAAGCAUCGGUAGAUAUGGUGAUGGCAUUGCCCCUAGUGGGUUAGGUCGUGAUCCUGGUUCCCGGUCUGUGUCUGGUAGCUCUACAGAUAGCUCUGGAUCUGUACCUGGCAAUCGAGCAUCCUCGGAUUCUGCGCGGUCUGCCAAAACUUCUACAAGACCAACAAAGCCAUAUGGCAGCGUUGGUGCUGGCUUCCGCCGCCGCAGUAGUCUUAUGAGGAAUAUCAGCGGGGAAGUGGAGCGUCCAUUCUCAGGCGAUCAAAUCUGGGAAGAGCCCGAAGGCUCUGUGAAAAAGAGCCUGGAUUUGUCUGGUGGCCGCGCGUCGCCAGACAAGCUUAGCAGUAUUCCCCAGAAUCCUCUCAACAGAUCUCAGAUAAGCCAGGCUUCCAACAGUGCCAUGUCCUCAACCAAACCGCUUAACAAAAUUGAGAUCCAUCGCAAUCCUCCAUCGCAAUCGCGGAACGCGUUUUAUACGACCAACUCUCAACAGGCCAAAGCUGAACCAGAGCCCCAGGUGGAACGCAAGAACGGGGUAGAGAUUCGCAGUGACGAUAUUCGCGCUGCCACAAGCUUCAGGUUGAAAGACCGUAGCGUAAAGCUGCCAGAACCGACCGCCGUUAGCGACAGUCCUGGACGGCCGAUUGUAAGCUUUGAUACUAAUUGGCAACCGCCUGAGGAGUCCACUGAUAUCAGCCCAGACCGGCCACCCAAAAUCUCGCUGCUCGACGUCAAAAUCAAGUCGCACCAGAAGCCGCCCGAGUCUAUGGCGAUCCCUAUUAUCAAUGUUGCAGAGGUCGACCCGCCGAGGCCGCAAUCAACGGCAUCUGCGAGUAUUCCAUCGAUCUCAGUAGCUGGGUGUGAUGACCCCUCGAGGAAGAAGGAUGUUGCUCCGAUGAAUAUCCCCACGAUCGCUGUUGAAGAUGAAUCGGCAACCAAGAACGUGCCAUCCGUUGUGACACCACGUACAAAACAGGCAGGCAGCUCACGGCCCCUACCUGCCCCAACACCAUCCCAGCCUAAAGCACGGAAAGUUCAGAUGCCUCGUGGUCACUGGUCUCCCGCUGUUGGCAGCAUUAGAAGGCCAACCACAUCGUGUCAUGAAUGCGGCUUUCCAAUUGAGGGCAGGUUUGUGGCACUGGGCGGCUCUCAGGAGCGCUUUCACCCCCAAUGCUUUAGCUGCUUUUCCUGUGGUACCAGCCUAGAGGCCAUGGAGAUUAGCCCUGAGCCAGAGCUGCAGCGAAAAGCACGCCUUGAGCGCAUUCGUCGUCGCGAAGCAGGAGAAAUACUGGACGAGGUACCAGGCAUGACCAUGGAGGAAGAUGGGGAUGAGCGACUUCGCUUCUACUGUCACCUAGACUGGCAUGAACUGUUCGCGCCGCGCUGCAAACAUUGCCAGACUCCUAUUCUUGGGGAACACAUCGUUGCUCUUGGGGAGCACUGGCACUACGGCCAUUUCUUCUGUGCAGAGUGUGGUGAUCCCUUUGAGCAUGGCAUGACUCACAUCGAGAAAGAUGGCUAUGCAUGGUGCAUCAAGUGUCAAACCAAACGAACAGAACGACGAGCGCCAAAAUGCAAGAUGUGCAAGAAGGCAGUGAUUGGUCAGUACAUUCAAGCGCUCGGUGGUGAGUGGCAUGAGCACUGUUUCCGUUGCGCGCAAUGCGAAGGGGGAUUUGUAGAUGGUCAGAUUUUCACAAAGGAAGUCAAAGGGGUCAUGGUUGUGCUCUGUACAGACUGCCGAACGCGUGAUCUGAAGGCAUGA